UACUCCGUCUCCGUAGCUAAAGGAGAGGUAGGUUUUUAUUUGGCGACGACAUGAGCACGGGCGUGCGACCGGGGCGGCGGUUCACGGUGGGGCGGAGCGAGGACGCCACGCACCCGGACACCAUCCGCGCCGCCAUCUCCGAGUUCAUCGCCACCGCCAUCUUCGUCUUCGCCGCCGAGGGAUCCGUCCUCUCGCUCGGGAAGAUGUACCACGACAUGAGCACGGCGGGCGGCCUGGUGGCUGUGGCGCUGGCGCACGCGCUGGCCCUGGCCGUGGCCGUGGCAGUGGCCGUCAACAUCUCGGGCGGGCACGUGAACCCGGCGGUCACCUUCGGCGCGCUCGUCGGCGGCCGCGUCUCCCUCGUCCGCGCGGUCUUGUACUGGGUCGCGCAGCUGCUGGGCGCCGUCGCCGCCACGCUGCUCCUGCGGCUCGCCACGGGGGGCAUGCGGCCGCCGGGGUUCGCGCUCGCGUCCGGGGUCGGGGACUGGCACGCCGUGCUGCUGGAGGCCGUCAUGACGUUCGGCCUCAUGUACGCCUACUACGCCACGGUGAUCGACCCGAAGCGGGGGCACGUGGGCACCAUCGCGCCGCUGGCCGUGGGCUUCCUGCUCGGCGCCAACGUGCUGGCGGGAGGGCCCUUCGACGGCGCAGGGAUGAACCCGGCGCGGGUCUUCGGCCCGGCGCUCGUCGGGUGGCGGUGGAGGCACCACUGGGUGUACUGGCUGGGCCCUUUCCUCGGCGCCGGGCUUGCAGGGCUGGUGUACGAGUACCUGGUUAUCCCGUCCGCCGACGCCGCCGUGCCCCACGCGCACCAGCCGCUCGCGCCAGAGGACUACUAGCUUGAAAAUUGUAUUGUGGGGUCGUGUAAGUGGUUAAUAAGGGGGGCAUAGGUACGUACUUGUCUGUCGCCCCAGCGUGUGUUGGAGACGGUGAAUCAGGUGAUGUGUACAUGCUGCUUCACUGUAGUGUAUGUGUAUGUGUAUGUAGUA